AGGGCUUUUUUGUGGAAGGCUGUGCUCUGGCUGAAGUGCUUUCUCUGUAGCGAAGUCAGUGCAGCCAGCGAUCGGGGGGCAAGUGUCAUGAUGGUCAGCCUUAUAUAGGGUGGACCUAAAGCUGCGUGGCUCUGACAUCCACAAAUAAAUGUGAAGACUUGAGCCGGGCGCACUCUGCUUUAUCAGCAGCCUCCCUUGCGGUUAUUAUAUUGCUGUACAACAGAAUAAAACAAGGCUAUAGAACAGUUUCCCCAACUCAGCACAUAGGGUGCUGUUAAAAAAAACGGAGCAGACGGAGGGAAAAGAAAGAAAGGAGAAUGAAGCGGAGAAAGAUCGCUGUAGCAGCUGGGUUUUGCUUUUCCUUUUUUCUGGGCACUUUGAUGAAUCUGCUGUUCAUCCCCGGGUUCGAACACCAGCAGAGCAACCGAGGGCAUCGCUCCGACCAGGAGGGAGAGCAGGCAGACCAUCUGCAGCUGCACGCCGCACAGAGGCGCGUUCACAGGGACUCUGUGAGCGCACGGCACAGCAGCAGCCACCCAGACCUGGCGCGGCAGAUCUACGAGAGGUACGAUGAAGUGGUCCGAUACCGCCAGCACCGAGCCCCCUGGUCAGAGGCAGGGAACCCGCUUCGCCCGCUGGAGAGAAGAAGGCUUAUGGAUCUUACCCAGCGCAGCUCGUCCGAGCAACUCAAAGCAGCGGAGAAGAUGAACAACAGACCCGUGGAUUUUAACCGCGGAUCCUCCUCGCCCCUACCCGCCGAAGCAAAGCUAGACUUUGAUAUAAACCUUAAUAGAAAUGUGCACAGCCCCCAGCUGAUGGGCUGCAGCGAUAUAGACAACGUAACGAACGUGCAGUACCUCGGGUCAGGCUACACCAAGGCGGUGUACAAGGCGGCUAUCAACGAAACCUUCUCCGUGGCUUUAAAAUCAGUGGAUUUCGGUGGGCACGACAUGGAUAACUGUGUCAAGAAAUACGCCUCGGCCGAAGACUGCUACAGACUGGCGUCGUACAAGAUUGUCAAGGAGAUGACACUCCUGCAGCGACUGCAGCACCCAAACAUUUUAAAGCUCCAUGGUUACUGUUACCAGGACAGCAAUGACAUCACUGACACCCUGACUGCCAUCACCGAGCUGGGCAAUCCCCUGGAGAUGAUCCAGCUGCUGCAGACCUCCUGGGAGGAGCGCUUCCGAAUCUGCCUCUCGCUGGUUCGUCUCCUGCACUACCUGGCACACUCCCCCCUGGGCUCGGUCACGCUGCUGGAUUUCCGGCCCCGGCAGUUUGUCAUUGUGGACGGGGAGCUGAAGGUCACAGACCUGGACGAUGCCAGCGCUGACGAGGCUCCCUGCUUCUCCAGUGCAGACUGCUUCAUGGAGUUCCCUGCCCGAAACUUCACCCUGCAUUGCUCCAGCCAGGGCCUCUGCCAGAGCAUCAACGAGAAGAGGAACCUGUACAACGCCUACAGGUUCUUCUUCACAUACCUGCUGCCGCACAGCGCACCUACAGCCCUGAGACCCCUGCUGGACAGAAUAGUCAACUCUACAGGAGAGCUGCGCUGGGGGAUUGAUGAGACUCUGUCUGAACUGGAGAAGCUCCUCCACCUCUACAGCAAUGGCCUGUACCUGCAGAACACAACCCAGGCCCCCCGAGCCGGCAAUGCUACAAUUCAGCCCAGUCCUCUUUCUUUGCUGUUGCCCGGAGACUGUGGAAUGCACAGUCAGCAGAGCAAGUACAAGCGAGUGCUUGGUGCCUCCAUCACCGGUGAUAACUACCACUGCUGGCCCUCCUAUAACCAUGAGGGCUGCCUCCUGUCCGUCUUCAGCAUCCAAGAGGCCAUAGAUGUGUGCGAGAGCCACGCCCAGUGCCGCGCCUUUGUGCUGACCAAUCAGACUACCUGGACAGGUCACCAGCUGAUCUUCUUCAAGGCGGGCGCUGCCAGUCUGGUUCCAGACCCUGAUAAAGUGACGUUCCUACGAGUGACAGGCUGAAUGGAAGACGAGACACACAGUGGAGCUCAAACACAGGGCCUUGAGCAGCUCCGAGCCAGCCUGCUCUCCUGAGCACAGGCUGAUUAGGCAGGGAGAAGGGAGAGGGGAGGGGAGACGGAGAGAGAGACACAGAGAAAUAUUCUUGCACUAAUGCACCAAUCCCUUGGGGUACUGACCUCUCCAAGCAGGAGUUGAACCAAAAGACAAACGUGCAAUAUCAGCGAUCAAAACAAUGUGAUUAUUAUUAUUAUUAUU